AGUCUAUGGAUGAUACUGAAUGACAGCUCUGCACAUACGGAACCUUCGUUUUCGAUUGGAUGACAACCGGCCCAUUUGGAUGUUACACCUCAGACGCUUCCCCUGAAACAAGCGAACUCAUUCAAGGGUUUGUGGCUCGAGGUGCUGUGUUAAACGUUAAAGAUGUUUUUGACAAGAUCAGAAUAUGACAGAGGUGUGAACACAUUCUCUCCCGAAGGAAGAUUGUUCCAGGUUGAAUAUGCCAUAGAGGCCAUUAAAUUGGGCUCCACAGCCAUCGGUAUCCAGACAUCAGAGGGAGUAUGUCUGGCUGUGGAGAAAAGGAUCACCUCUCCACUGAUGGAGCCCAACAGCAUUGAAAAGAUUGUGGAGAUUGACAGUCACAUUGGUUGUGCCAUGAGUGGCUUGAUAGCUGAUGCCAAGACUCUAAUCGACAAAGCAAGAGUGGAAACGCAGAACCACUGGUUCACUUACAAUGAGACGAUGACAGUGGAGAGUGUGACUCAGGCUGUGUCCAACCUGGCGCUGCAGUUUGGAGAGGAGGACGCUGAUCCGGGUGCCAUGAGUCGACCAUUCGGUGUAGCACUUCUGUUUGGGGGAGUUGAUGAAAAAGGACCUCAGCUGUACCACAUGGACCCAUCAGGAACUUUUGUGCAGUGUGACGCUCGGGCCAUCGGCUCAGCGUCUGAAGGAGCACAGAGCUCUCUGCAAGAGGUCUACCACAAGUCCAUGACAUUAAAAGACGCCAUCAAGUCGUCUCUCACCAUUCUGAAGCAAGUGAUGGAGGAGAAGCUCAACUCUACCAACAUUGAGCUCGCAACAGUAGAGCCCGGGAAGACGUUCCACAUGUAUUCCAAAGAAGAGCUGGAGGAUGUAAUCAAGGAUAUCUAAAGUAGAUUUGGAGGUCUUUGUUUGAGUUCUGGGCAGGACAGGAGAGGACAUGGAAGUAUACCUGGGCUAAAUGUCACAA